UCAGCGGGAACUUCAUUUGGGCGGAUCCUCUCACGUAUUACAUUAUACCCAGCGCCAGGAGAGCAUAUUACUGUCAAUAUCCGCACCUAUGAUGACUUACUGUCUACGACUAGUUCUAGAAUGAAAGUUCAGAUUAUCAGUGAGGAUGAUGUUUAUAUGCUACGGUAUGGAGCAAGAGAUAGAGGUCUGUAUGAGCACCUGGGAGAGAUGUACUUUAUAUCAAGCUCGCCACUCACCGGCAUAGCACUUGGCGGGGAACCAGGAGCACGAGGAUACUUCCGUUUCAGGUUGUUGGAUGAUACUGCCAAAGAAAAGAAGUCUAAAGAUGGAUUCUACUUGGAUGUGCCAUUUGAGUUGCGGCCCUGUUUUGGAGGCUUUUAUGGACCUGAUGUAGCGGUGACCAUAGAAUACCAGCCACUGACUCCACUGACUAAAGUGUGCUACUGUAUGAACUCUACGGCCAUACAGAAGUGCAGCAAGGGUCGCUUUGUUAACAUGAAACCAGGCUAUUGGGCCGGUAACGUCACAACCAAUAGCCGUCUCGACUCAGAAAAGAAUCCUCUUGAUUGGAAAUCUACUGGUGAAAAUGUGGUGUUUGAAACGGAGAGUAACACUUCAAACAUCACGUUCAAAGAGACGCAGGUUUAUGGAUCAUUCGUCAAUUAUCCGUUCGGCAUUGCACAGUGCACGAAUGGCCUUUGCAAGAGUAGUGCGUGGCUCUACAAUGGAUCGGGAACGCCAGCAUGUGUUGGCAAUGCCGCGGGUAUCUUGUGUGGAGAGUGCAGAGCCGGUACAAGACUGAAGCUAGCAUUAGCGCAAUGCGUUGAUUGCUCAAUGACGUCAUCUAUUCCACUAUGGGUAUACGUCAUAACCAUGGUGGUAAUGACAGUCCUGACAUCCAUCCUGCUCUUCUACUUCAAUGUUGGCCUUUCACCAGUUCUGGAUAGCUGGCUGUUCUUUGUGCAGACGUCUUGGUACAUCUUCCCGAACGAAGUUACAUUCGUCUACAGCAGCAUCUACACCGUGUUGACUUUUGGACUCGGACACGUGUGUCUCAAAGAGGACCUAAAUCGACUUCAAGUCAGCACUCUACUCCUUAUCCAACCAAUCACAUUUCUUCUCAUCUUCCUGGCUAUACGCAUUGCACGAUCUUACAACUACCUUGGAACUCGAUUGGCAAGACUUCAGAGCCACAUGAAACUAGUGCGGGUCAUGUGGUUUGUUCUGGUCUACAGCUACUUUAUGCUCACCUUCACAGCUCUCAGUGUGUUCUGGUGUGUGCAAAUGAACGACAGGCAGGUGCUUGCCAUGGAUGGAUCCGUAGACUGCUAUGUGUCACCACAUCUAGGCUAUGUCCUGGCAGCAGCUGCAAUCCUGGCCAUAUUUAUCGUCCCACCGCCGUUGCUAUUACUCAUUCGACGAACACAUGGUCAUAUCAUGUUGAAGGGUUUCGUGGACGAGGCGUGCUGCAUGUACACUGAUGAGUGCCGCUGGUGGUCAGCUGUGAACCUGUUGAGGCGUAUUGCCAUUGGCCUGCUUGGAUCACUACCGUUUUCGAGCGCGGUGUCCAGACUCUUGGUGACAUCUGGAUUCCUUCUGUUGCUUCAAAUGCUGCAUAGCAAAGUUCAACCUCUUCGGAAGGGUGAUUUUGCGGGGGUUGGCUACAACACAUGGGAGUCGUUCAUGCUCUGUAUUUCCAUCUGUAUCUCGGUACUCUACAGUGUCAUGUACGAGUCGCAGAUGACCGAAAACUAUGUGCUAUGGGUCAGUGGGGCACUCUUCCUUACGCCCACUGCGUUGGUGCUAACAGCACUCCUCUAUCGACAAUGUCUAGCCAAGGAGGGAGGCUACGGAAGAUUCAGGACCCUCUCCGUUCGCCGCAUCUGGCAGCAUUGGCAGAGAGGACGUGGACGGGAGAGAAACGAAUCACAUCUGGACGAAACAGCCUUGGCCAACUUGAUAGGUGACAUCAGAGACCCACUCUUAGUUGAUAACAUCCGUGUUCAACAAGAGGGUCGUCUCUAAAUUAUGUUUUGUGACCAUGCACCUGACAGAUCUUGAACAACACGAAAAACUGUAUGCGUUGUAAAUAGGCCUGUAAUUUUAUUCCUUUUUAGUUAGUAUUAUCAACUUUUGGUCUAUUUGCGCUCACAUUCAUAAAUCUACGCAGCAGCACACUAUUCGUUUUAGCGCAUCUUUGUUUAGGUCUUGUUACUCUUAAAAGCGUCAGCUUUAGUCGCAAAGCAAGAAAAGCCUAUACAUGCAUUAUUGGUACUAAGACACUAAUAACUAUGAAGAGAGGAAUGAAGGAGUGUCUGGUUUUCUGUACUAACAUUGGAUGACAACAUGUUGCCAUGUGGCUCUCCUUCAUUUGUAUGCGUAUUGCAACACACAUUCCGUACUGCAGCUUUCCAAGCUUCAUGCAAUUGAUGACUAGUCAUUUUCCCUGAUAUUUGCAGUGGAUCAAUUCUUUUCACAAUAUGAAUACAUUCAUUGAUACUGCCAUGCAUCUCGUACUUGUGCGGCUCUCCAUUAUUACCACCCAAUUUAGUUAAGAAAAAAUAUUCUACACUGACGGUGGCAACAGAAUGAUACACAUUUGUAUG